AUGGCUUCGAACUUGGAUGAAAGUCCCCUGGAGAUGCAGUAUUCGAUUCAUCAUGUUCCGCUCAUGCUGCAUGGAUCGGCUUCUCUUGCUGGCCAACUGGGGCCAAUCCCUCCUACCGAUGUUUACGGCGAAUCCGCGAGGGAGUACUGGAGUGUCACCAACAGCAAUCCUUACAGCGACUCGAUGGAUGUCGAUGAGCUACUCGCUAUCCCAUGCAGCGAGCCAUCCCCAUGCCUUAUAGAAAAGGGACAGCAGUCUGCUCUACCUAAUUCCCCGCAGACACGAACUAUGAUACGAUCCGUCAGUCCUGAUUCAACGGGUGCAUCUUUCCCUCCCUGUGAUGAGACCCUCCAGGCUUUAGUCCCAGAGGGCCUGAAUAUGUCCUUCAAAACCGGACACAAAUUCCGACCACAUCUGACUAUCCCGGAGAAUCUGAUACAACCAUUGAGUCGUACCGCUUCAGUUUAUGAAGUGAAGUCACCUCUUUCCAUGGCCGCUAGAGUGGGCAGGUCGCCCGAUCAAUCCCCAUUGCAUUCCCCGAGCCAGUCCCCUCGGAGGUCUCCGACUCAGUCUCCAUCGCGUUCACUGGGUACCAUUGAGGAAGAUAGCGGUACGGAUAUCGGUCCAGGUCUGAAAAGAAAAUUCGCAUACCCUGGUGGGGGUGUUCACAAGAAGCUUUUCGGGGAUAAUGGUUGGCUCGAUGAUCAUAAGCCGGCCCCGAGCCUUCGGCGAAGGCCAAGUGUGAUGCGAGAGCUUGGAAGAAAGCUCAAGGGACUGAAAGGAAGUUAUCCCAAGAGUUCCAGCCCGACAAGCGGUCCCGAAUCGCCGGUGGGCUCGCCCAGUCCCCUCACACCAGUCUCCCUGACCUCGACGCAGCAGUCGAAGCUGUACGCCGAAUUAGAAGUCAUGAUAUGCACAAGCGCGAAUGAUUUCAUCUCGAAUCAAUACUACGACGGUCGAGUCUCUCAGCAAUCAAUCUCAAAGAUCCACGACUUCUGGAGCGCGAAAAAUCGACCCCGAGUCACCGGAUUCCGCUUCGAUCAAGCGACUCAGCGAGAACUCAUCAUGGCCAACCGUCGAAGCCUCAGAUUUGCAGGCGAAAGCUCCACCAACCCAGUCAUGCUCGAGUCCAACCUCUCCAACUGGAAAAAGAUCGCGCAAGAGAUGAAUGUUCGUACUUUUUGUUUGCCCGAUAGCGCGAUUCGCAAACAUCUUCACGAUACGCGUAACCUGCUGGAUAUGCUUGAUGCUUCGCUUGCUACACUCCAGCAAUUCCGUGAUGUGAGCCUUCAAGCUCAAGGUGAAAUGAUGGACGAAUACAUUAAGCGCCGUCCGCGGACUACCGUCCAGGAUGUUUAG